CAAAAAGUGAAAAAAUUAAUUGCAUUUUUUUUUUUAAUAAAUUGAAUUAAGUGACUGAAACUCUGGCCGUUCCGCUGCGCUAAAAAUAUGACUGAGUUGCUCAUUGAUCCCGACAUACGCGUUUGGGUAUUUCUGCCCAUCGUGCUCAUCACCUUCUUGGUGGGAAUUGUUCGUCAUUAUGUAUCCAUUCUGAUAUCGACUCAAAAAAAGGCUGAAAUAACCCAAAUUCAGGACAGCCAGGCGAUGAUUCGUGCACGUCUGUUGCGCGAAAACGGCAAAUAUCUGAGUGCCCAGUCAUUCUCAAUGAGGAAGAACUUCUUUAACAACGAGGAGACGGGCUAUUUCAAGACGCAGAAGCGUGCGCCGGUUUCGCAGAACUCAUCCGCCAUGUUAACGGACAUGGUAAAGGGAAACUUUAUUAACGUAUUGCCCAUGGUUGUCAUUGGCGGCUGGAUUAAUUGGAUGUUCUCGGGUUUUGUGACCACCAAAGUGCCAUUUCCACUUACGCUGCGCUUCAAGCCGAUGCUGCAACGUGGCGUGGAGCUUGCUUCACUUGAUGCCGCGUGGGUUUCCUCUGCUUCGUGGUAUUUCCUGAACGUGUUUGGCUUGCGUUCCAUCUACACACUGGUUCUGGGCGAGAACAAUCAUGCGGAUCAGACUCAAGCACAAGCUGAUGCCAUGACUGGCGCUGCAAUGACAAUGCCCCAGGAUCCAAAGGCAGCUUUCAAGGCUGAAUGGGAAGCUCUUGAAAUUACCGAAUAUCACAACGCAUUGAAAAACAUCGAUGCGGAUAUGCUGAACAUAGCGGCCGGCUCGGAAUCUGGAUCAUCUAAUUUGCAGAACAGCGUACGCUCAUCGUAGGGCGAUGUCAUUCAUUGGUUUAUUAGAAAAUUUAGUAAGCACUAAUUUGAUAUGUAUAGAGCUAACUCUUAAUUUCGAGUCAGGUAAUAAGCUAUGUAUGUAUGUAUGUAAUUUACUUUGGAAACGAGUAAAGUUUAAUUUGCUUUCAUGAUCCCACA